AGUACCUCACCAUGGGGAUCAAGGCGGCAAGCGCAGUCUACAGCCAGGCCAGAGAGCGGAUGGACGAACUCCACCGCACAAUAACGUCUGACCAGAACUCUCGCGCUGAUGCCGACCACUCUGGCAGCAACCUGUUAGUUAGCAGGUUCGCUUACGAGUGUGAGACGGUGGCGGUGCAGCAGGCGUCAUUGCUCAAGUACCACAUGAGCGUCAGUGCAUUUCCACUGGCGACACUGAGAGACACACUCACCUCUGCCAUUUCGAGAUGGCCAAGCAGUGGCCCCCUCUGGAGCAUCUAUGUACAGGUGGAGAACCGUUACCAUAGUGCUGGCCGAGCACGUUGCUUUUUUCACUCCGUAACAAGGGACAACGAUAGUGUUGUGCCACGGCUCUUUGCUAUUGUUGCUGAACAACAAAGGAAGCAACUGGUGGACGCAGCACAGAGAUCCUGCGACAAAAGCGCGGCCUUGAGUGUCCUGCCAGAGAACGGUCUCAGCAACCGUAUCCGUGGACUGUUCGAAAGCGCCGUCGGAUCCGAGAUGGGCGUCCACUGUCCCUUACUUUGGAGGAUGUACAUUCACUACCUGGUGAGAUGACAAAUAUUCCAAAGGCCACCUACAUGAAUUGGCCUAGGAAACCGGAAGGAUACAUUGUCAAAGUGGUUCGCAUG